AUGGAAAAUUGUUACCAACCGCAACGAACAGACCAUACAUUGGAAACGAAAUACGAUUCAGAGACCAGCGUGGAAACAACAAGUUCCAAUAGAAUACAUAUAAAAUCUAAAUCAGCCCCCAUCACAGAAUUAACGAAGGGAGAUGAGGACGGUCUAAAACAUCAGACAUCUGCACCCUCUUACUUACAUUCAUUGAAAGACAACCAAGCUCCUCCUUUUCUAAAGCCGGAGAAGCAAGCUAAACCACACCUUUUACUGGGCACGAUCGUCACCGAAGACGAGCUUGUGGAAAUAAUAGCGGCAUCAGAUAGCGACCCUAGCGAUGGCUUGAGGAAAACACUAGGUCAGUAUCUUGUAAACAAGAAGCUGAUACAUAACUACAGUUUAUCAGAAAAAUCGUUUCUUGUAAGUUUGCUUAUGGAGUGUAUCGACUAUGCCGCUCAGCGCAGUUUCUCAACACACAAACUAGCCUGCAUGCUGACUCUGUACCUGGCGAGCCACUUGUACUUCAAGUGGUAUUAUUGGCUGCCACCCGUCGCUGUAUGGAAAUAUUUCAAAGAAAUUAUGAUACGACACACUAUUGAGGACUCACCCGACGGCCAAGAAGUGUUUGAACCCAAGGAGUGUUAUGAUAUAUUAUCACACUUUCAUACAAUAUACUUGAGCAACUUGCCUUUAGUACACAUAUUAACUUUUGGAGUGCACCGGUUGAAACUGUCAUGGCCAUUCAAGCCCAAGUAG